AUGACAGGUUCACAAAUCAAUCAAUCGGUUGAAUCAGCAAACUAUAGGCAAAACUGGUCAGCUAACAAAGGCCCGGAGGAAAAUCAUGAGCGCUGUACGUGGUUGCCGGUCUCCAGAAAAGGAGAUGUAACCGUGGCGAUGUCAGGGAUGAGGGAGAACAAUUAUGUGGUAGAGGCUGAUUAG